GUAUUAAUUUUAUUUUCCCAACAAUUUUCAUAUAGAAAAUAUCAGCCAAAAAAUAAACAGAGAAAUUGAGAGAUCCGUCUUCAUUGUCUCGCCAGAGCUAAAUCACCUGUAAAUUCUUUUGCUGUUUGUUCCAAUCGUUAUCCGCACUUGAUCUCUCUGCAAACAUGACAACUUCUCGGAGGCUUGCUGAUAGGAAGGUGGAGAGGUUUCAGAAAAACAUUACCAAGCGCGGGGCUAUCCCUGAAACUGGCACCAAGAAGGGAAACAAAUAUCCUGUUGGUCCUAUCUUGAUUGGGUUCUUCAUUUUUGUCGUCAUUGGAUCAUCCUUAUUCCAAAUAAUCAGGACUGCAACAAGUGGAGGCAUGGCUUAACUAAUAAUCAUGAUCUUUGAUACAGAUGAUAGCGGAUUGUUAUUGUAUUUUUUGGGUUAGUAGCAUCAAUAUUGAAACGCUAGGGAACCUUCAUUAGUUCAGAGUUUAAUCUUCGAAAACUCAUUAAAUAUUAAUAAGAAUAUCCUAUUCUAUUCCA